AUGGAGAAGCAAAGGGGAGGGACUAAAAAGGAGCACGGGGGGCGCAAAGCGGCUAACAAGAAAAGGGGGGAAUGGAUCGAAAGCUUUGGUGUGAGGGACAUGGCAGCCAUAGCUCCAGGCGUUGGAUCUAUGAAUAUGCCUCAUCUUCACUGGCACGGCUCCUCCGUGAAAGACAUGAAUGGCUCCACGGAAGACAGUGAUACGUACGUGUCCGGUAAGGUGACAGAGAGUUGGGAGGCUUCUGGUGCUUCUUUCUCGUGGGACGUCGUGAGAAUGACAGGGUGCGAGAGCAGCUACUGGGACGAAGAGGAGGUGUUCAACAUGCCAGCUCUGAUUGACAGCAUGGCAGAAGGGUUGAUUAUCCCGCCACCCGCCUUGCAGGCAGGCUUCAAUUGGCUCCCUCCCGAAACUCCCUUCCACUUCACUCUAUGGGCUGACUGA